CACACUACUAGCAACAUCUACCGCAUUUUCUUCUUCAUCACACUUUUCACUACGUUGCACACCAUGGAAGACCUAUCACCGGAUCCUUACGUUUCAAAUUCAUUUAAGGAAGCCAGAGACCACUUAAAGACGCUUCAACCAGAGAGCUUUUAUCGCUGGGGGUUUAACCUCUACCGUACAACUUAUGACAAUCAACCUCUCUGGGACCGAUAUGUUUCAAAUCUCAACCACCAAAUCAACGAUACUUUCUCCUAUCAGUCAGAAGCUGAUCGCCAAACAUUACAAGCAAUCUUUCGCUUGAAUAUCAUUGAGGGGCCGGAUUUGGAAGGUGCUUCAAUUCUAGAAGUAAGGGAUAGGUUUACCUCAUGGGUUUCCACCCUUCCUAGCGAGGCCGAUCUUCAACGCGAUCUUCCCCACGUUAAUGAUCGUGACCACGUCCUCUUUACCUAUCCGUUAUACGUGGAUGCCGAGUGUCUACAGUCACUUCAAGAUAAAGAAGACGCAACUUCUAUGGGGGCUGAAGAGACGCCAACCGUUUUCAUUAAAGCUAUCGAUGGUAGUCUCGAAUAUCCAUCUUCAGAGGAUGAGUGGGAUGAUGCGGCUGAUGAGUUUGAAGAAGAAAACGGUAGCGACGAUGACGGAGACAGCGAGGAGGAAAAGAAAUGGAUGUAUGUGAGCUGUGAGGAUAUACUCAACUACUGGGAACCCAUGUCGCUCGGAUUUAACUGGGAAAUACAGUACGGACUCUGCAGGUGGCCACAGAAGCGACCGUGGCAAGAAGGCAUUGCAUACAUGUAGACCUGCGUAUGGAAUGACUUGAUUAGUGUUUCUGCUAUUUUGGUUUAGUUAUCAAGUAAAAAAGUGUUGAAC